AUGGUGUUUAAACUGAAUGACUUAUAUGACUGUCCCUAUGUUAAGAAGGCAGGGCACCAUGAAGCAGAACGCACGUCCCAUAGCCACGGCAAAAAGUCCAAGAGAUCUUCCCAGGACAAAGAUUGGGGAGACAUGUUCCUGGAGCGCCACGGAGUAUACCGGGACCGUCCGCACGUUGUUUACCAGCAUGGAUACGGCAGUGGUGCGAGACCAUCAAGAUCACAAGAUCAUUCCUAUGCAGCAAGCCACUAUUACGAUCAUUAUGGAGACUCUGGAGACGUGGGCGAUUCGCAGCAAGAACCAGUCAACCCUGCCACGCCGGUUGCCCCAGCUAAAUCACUGCCUCCAGCCCCAGCAACCCCAACUAAACGAACCGCAUCCAAAGAGCCACCUACUGAUUCGCAGUCUGUGCAGAUGGACGAUAAGCCUGAAUUUACUGCUCAGCCUGGAAACCGUAUUUUUGUCCAACCAGUAUCCGGGGGUAGAUCGGUACGCGUAAGAGAAGCAACUGGAUAUACGACGAACGGGGUUGCGCACCAAGCAGGCAACUUUUACCCACCCAGCAUGAACCCAUUUGCAUCUCAUAGACCGCCGGCAGGUACUAAUCAAGGACAAGCAAGCGACAAUGACCCUAACCAAGCAGCGCACCACCAGGCAGACGGGUAUGGUGGGGGACUGUCUUGGGGCGCACCUGACCCUUAUGGGAGGCAAUAUCUUCAGUACGCUGACAACAAGGACCACAAGCACCAUGGGAGCCACCACCACAAUCGUCAUCACCGCCGCCACUGA